AUGGCACUACUCCACAGACUUGAGGACAAUGCUGUUACGGGAGCCGACUUGGCUUUCUACGCGUUGACAGACAUUGCUUUUUGCCGCGCUCUCAUCUGGCUCCAUCAACUGCACAAGCGUGUGCGAGUCGUUAUCGACCGGAAGUGGGUUCGUUCGUGUCCGUCUGCCAUUGAAUCCGUCGAGCUGUUGAUCGCCGCUGUCAUUGACGUCCGCCACCGUAACCCUAUCAUACACUACAAGCUACUCAUUCUUACAUACAAAGUCGAUAUUUUCGUUUCGUCUGGAAGUGCCAACCUGACUACAGCGGCAUGGAAUCGCAACGACGAGCUUUUCGUCCAAACCAUGGGCCCCUCCAGGUACGUGGCCCAGGCAAUGUUUGAACGGUUGUUCAAGCGGAGCCUGAAGACUGGUCCUGUCUUCAACGAUCUGAGUCCUACUGAACCCAUUGGUUUCGGGAGCGAGCAUACCGGGUACUCCGCCUAA